UGGAUUUCUAUGGUGGAAAACGCAAAGCUGAAAAAAAAAGUAAAAGGUCUCCUCUCUCUUUCUAUCUCUCUCUCUCUAUCCUUACUAGUACCACUGCUUCUUCUAUCACCUUCUCCUAUAGAGAGAAAGGCAACCAGUAGAGGAGAGAGAGAGAGCGAGGAAGAAGAGGGAAGUAAAAAGCACUCUGUGGCGCAUUGUAGCCCUGGGCCUUUUUAUCUUGCGCCUCCGCCCUGGUUCUUCUUCUUCUUCUUCUUCUUCGUCUUCUUCUAAGUGCUCUCUCUCCUCCGAGUUCGCUUUGUUCCCACGGCAUCCAUUAAUUUGAUUCAGAAAUUAUGAAAAAGGAAAGGCGGAAUUCGAAGGUCAGCUUUGUGGUUAUUCUUUGAUUGAGAAUCGGUUUCUUUGAUACAGCAACAAUAACUCUGGCGGACCUUAAAGCGUCCCUAGCGUUCAUAACUUCGAUUCCAGCUGGGCGUUUCGAUUUCAAGUCGAAGAAGAAGAAGUGGAGAGGGAGUUAUACAGUGAAGAUGCUUUGGAUUAUGAGAUUCUCUGGAUUUUUCACUGCGGCAAUGCUUAUGAUCAUUUUAUCUCCUUCUCUACAGUCGAAUCCACCGGCCGAGGCCAUCCGAUCCACUUACCUCGAAAAACACCUCCGAUUGCGCCGUCCAGAUUCGCUCAACCGGUUUUCGUUUCGAAGAGCCCCGGCAUUUCCCAAUGCCGAUGAAUGCGGCUCCGUCGACUCGAAAAUCAGCGUUUGCGACCCGAAUUUGGUCCACGUCGCGAUCACGCUCGACGUUGAGUACCUUCGAGGCUCAAUCGCCGCCGUCCAUUCGAUUCUGAGGCACUCGCCUUGUCCGGAGAGCAUUUUCUUUCAUUUUUUGGUCUCCGAUACGAGUCUGGAAACCCUCGUGAGAUCCUCUUUCCCUCUGUUGAAGUUCAAGGUGUACUACUUCGAUCCGGAGAUCGUGCGGGGCUUGAUCUCAACGUCGGUGAGGCAAGCGCUCGAGCAGCCUUUGAAUUACGCGAGAAAUUACUUGGCUGAUCUGCUUGAGCCUUGUGUUGGGAGAGUUAUAUACCUAGAUUCCGAUCUCAUCGUCGUCGAUAAUAUUUUCAAGUUGUGGAAUACGAGCUUAGGCUCAAGAACAAUCGGAGCUCCGGAGUACUGUCACGCCAACUUCACCAAGUAUUUCACCGGCAGAUUCUGGUCGGACCGGCGGUUCACCGCCACAUUCGUUCGCCGGAAACCUUGCUACUUCAACACCGGCGUGAUGGUGAUAGAUCUGGACAGAUGGAGACGGGUCGGGUACACGGAGCAAAUAGAGAAGUGGAUGGAGAUCCAGAAAAGCCACCGGAUUUACGAGCUCGGGUCAUUGCCACCGUUCCUAUUGGUUUUUUCUGGACACGUGGCGCCCAUCGAGCACAGGUGGAACCAACACGGUUUAGGCGGUGAUAACGUAAAAGGGAGCUGCCGUGACCUUCAUCCCGGUCCGGUUAGCCUCCUACAUUGGUCCGGUAGUGGCAAGCCGUGGCUCAGACUCGACUCGAACCAGCCGUGCGAACUCGACGAACAAUGGGCACGCUACGAUUUACACGGACACUCUGAAUGAAUUACUCGCCGUAUAUUGGCUGGAUGGUUCUAGAAGUGAGUUGUGGGCAAUUGGGCAUAGGAGCGGGCGACUUAUCCACAUUGGCCACAACAAGUUUCGUAGUCCCCAAAACUGGAAUUGCCGACGAUUUGCAUAUGUAGGUGUCACUAAAAAAAAAAAAAAAAAAAAUCAGUUUGCAAAUAGAACACUCAGGUUUCAUGGAUCGUUGUCUUCAGAUUCGCUAUCAUAAAGCAAUUAUGCGUGAGAGAGAGAGAGCAGAUUCCUUUUCCCCUCUCAAAUAUUUGUACAAUUUUGGGUGAGAGAGAGAGAGAGAGAGAGAGAGAGAGAGAGAGUAGGUUGUUCAUGUGGAAGGAAUUGAUCGGUGCUUCAUUUGUAUGUGAUAAGAGAUACACGGAUAUAUUUUUUAUUUAAGAACUAUUUUUGCAAUGAUAACAAAUUCAAGGUGAAUAAAGAUAUGACCCAUAAAAUCUUACUAA